AUGUCCCCUACCAGCGAGACUGGUCCAUUAUCUACGCCUCCACGAGCCAAUGCACCAGCUCAUGGUGCUAGCAAAAUAGAAUCUACUCCAAACAGCCGUGGUGCUUCCGUCGUCAGCGAGAACAUCGGCGUACUGGGUGUCAGGUGCAUUCAGCGGGACGUUGAGCAGGCCAAGGAGUGCAAGGCAGAUGCCAUGCUGCAAGCCCUCCUACAGCGCGCGUCUUGUGCGCCGGAGACGAAACAGCCCGAGCUCUUACAAAAGUGCCUCAAGGCAGUUCUGCCGGUUUGCAAUGGACAGAUCUCCACCACACUUUCAAAGUCUUCUGACAUUAAGACAGCCCUCAACGAAUACGUACGUCCUGGAAUAGAAAACAACUUCUACGGCCCUUUCAUAAGAGCUACUAACAUCGCGCUCACUUAUCUUGAAGAGAUCAAGGUUGACGGGAUGCGUGCUCCUGUCCCCACUGUGGAUAUGAUCUGUCAGCAGAAUGAUAUGCCCAUGUACCAAAGUCACCAGACCGCGAAAUCGAUUCGAAAGCCUGACAGCGUCAUUCUUCCUUUGAAUAGCGCAUGUGCUUCCUUCGAGGAUCAGAAGGGCGGAAAGAAGGGCAAAGAGAAGGACGAGAAGGACGACGAGCAGCGCAAGAAGAAGCGCAAAGCUCAUAUGGACACGAAUGCAACGUCGAAGCCAAAAAAUCUUCCCUGGAAAGACGUUCUAACUUGUAUCGAGUUCAAGAGAAAGACGCCAGGCAGGACGAAAGGCAUUAAAUUACCACCCUCUUCCUAUACAGUGACAGACUAUGUCCCUACCAAGCCAGAAUAUCUGCCGGUAGAUCAUCUCAAGCCUGGAGACCCUGCGUCCGACACUGCAUCUGCAGUUUCAUCUUCCAGCCUUACUGCUGCCCAACAGACACAGGGCGGGUCUAGCUCCAAGCGCAAGGCCGCGGACACUUUGGAAUCUGCUGCCAAAAAAGCCAAGAUCAACCCUGACGAGCUAGAUGUGACCAUCCAGACGGGUCUGUACGCGGCCGAAAUGUUUGCGGCUAAUCUUGCCGUCAAUCAUCUACUGAAUAUUAUCGUCGUUGAUGAUGUGAUGUGGAUCUGGUAUUAUGAUCGCCAAGGGACUAUUCAAUGCCCGGGCAUAAACUUUAUUCAAGAUCUACCGCGAUUCAUGGUGCUGUUGUAUGCUUUACAACGCUUCGAUCUUCACGAUUGGGGCCGAAACAAGGACUUCCUCUCAGUUCAAGUUGAGGGGAAACAAUGCCACGAAUUUAAAAUCAAGGAUGACGAACUAGGAGAGGUGGAUCUGCUGCUUCACACCAGUCACGACGACAGAGUGACGCACUACGGACUGCAAGGACGUGCCACUAACGUGGUCCCUGUCACCAGCGAAGCGCUCACGAAGAAAUUCGGUAACUUCCAGGAUGGGAUGGUAGCCAAGAUCUUUUGGGGAGAGGCGAAUCGCACUAGCGAGCCAGCAAUCUUAAACAGAGUUGAAGAUAUUGCUGAGGCGCACGAUACCGUAAAAGACCAUAUUCCCGAGCUGCUCUGGCACCACACGUUCACGAAUCCCACGUCCGCUGCCCGAGAAGCGCUCGGUGUUCCGGAACCCGCCACAGGCAGUCGCGUGCUCUACAUACUUGUAUUCCGCAAGCUGCACUCCAUCGCGAAGCUUCACGGGAAGGAGCUUUUUGACGUUUGGUAUCAAUGUAUACUGUGCCACGUUACGUUGUGGAAACAAGGGGUCUAUCAUCGAGAUGUCAGUCCCGGAAACCUGAUGUGGUACUGGAAAGACGGCAAACGGAUAGGCGUUCUAAACGACUACGAUCUAUCAUCGUUGGCGGAUGACCCAGGUCCUCGGGGCAACGAGCGCACGGGCACAGUGCCAUUCAUGGCGCUUGAGCUUCUCUCCGAACAGGGUCAACGAGGCGAAGUCAAGCACUUAUAUCGUCAUGAUCUGGAGUCGUUCAUGUGGUGCUUCGCCUGGAUUUCCUUGCGGUACGAGAACGGAGCCCUUGUAUCCGCGGAAUCACGCCCAGGCCGGUUGUAUCAUUGGGCCACUUCUGACGCAGUGACGUGUAGCAUGCCGAAGCUACACUUUCUGAAUAAUGUCGAAGAAUACCGACCCCGUCACAUAAAGCCACUUAUGUGGGAGUUCCUUGUAGAAUGUUUUGAUGUGCUUGACACGUACGCCUUUAAUCGACGUAAACAACUACUACGAUCGAGAAAGGGGGGAGACCGGCCAACCAAAUCCGAGGAAUCAGAAUCAGAUAUUGAUUGUUUUUUACAAUCAUUCAAAAAUAUCGAGAGUUGGGCUACGCUCAGCAAACUUUUACGGGAACCCUUGCAGUGAUUUUCUUUACUUAUUACACUACCUAUGGGUUCGAAUACUUGUAUCAAUUGCCUGUGCGCUUCGUCUCCAGUAGGUAAAUCAAACGAAUAGACAUGGAAUAUGGUGACUCGUCA